UGGUAACACAACUCUCUUCUUUGUUCAUCGUCUUCUUCUUUAUUUUUUUUUUUCUCUAAAAAGAUCUUCUUCUUUAAGUCUCAUUAUCAAUUUCACUCCAAGUUAUUGACAGUCUCAUCGCUGCCUUGAUCGUGAUUGACUUUCUUUGAAAUCUAGGCGUUAUUUCUGCUACCGUAUUACUUCUCGAGAGAAGAUAUCUCCAGAUUAUCUGGGCCAUGGUUGCAUUAGGUUACUCUUUUCAUAGACAUGGUAGCUCUUCUUUAGAGCCAAAUUGUUUUGGUUCGACGUAUAUGGGAGUCUACAGUUCUGAUGUUGCUGUCUCCGCAAGGGAAGCAUCUCGAGAUUACUCUUGUGACAGCUGUGAUGAUUUGGCGACUGUAUCUUCCGCUUGUUGCGAUUUCGAUGAACUGUGUGGUCUGGAUACAGCGUUAGAGGUGAGCUGCAGGUCCAAUGGAGACUGCCGUGAGGGUCAAGAGGCUUGUGGUAGUGGCACAGCUUCAUGUUUAGACAAGACUCUUCCAGGAUAUACCAUUUAUGCGACUGGUUGGAUGUACGGUAAUCAGCAAGGCCAGAUGUGUGGCCCUUAUACGCAACAGCAGCUAUUUGAUGGGCUAUCCACUGGUUUCUUACCCGAGGAUCUUCUUGUAUAUCCAAUUAUAAAUGGUUAUAUGCCAAACUCGGUACCACUAAAGUACUUCAAGCAGUUUCCUGAACAUGUCGCCACUGGCUUUGCAUAUCUACAGACUGGAAUGAUAGGUGUGGUCCCUCCUGUAAGUAAUAAUGCCACAGUCCAUCAACGUGAGCCUCAAACGGAGCAUCCAACUUCUGCUGCUCAUUUAAUUUUCCAGCAGAUGUUGCCUCCGCAGACCAAGUCUGAUGGUUCUGUCUCAGAUCAGCUAAUGUUAAACCAGGAGGAAGCAAAUUUGUUAGCUUCAAUCCUCUCAUUGGGAAGCGAACAUGCCUGCUGGUUUCUUGUUGGUAGUGAGGGUAGAAAUCGUGGACCACAUUCUAUAUUGGAGCUCUAUAAUUGGCAGCAGCAUGGAUAUGUUUCAGAUGCAGCCCUGUUACGUGAUAGUGAAAAUAAGUUAAGACCAAUCACAUUAGAAUUGGUAAUUGGUGUAUGGAGGGAGAAAUGUGGUGGUGCUAAUUGUGAAGAGUCAGUGUCUGGGGUGAGCUUCAUAUCUGAAGUUUCUGAAGAACUCUCUUCCCAGCUUCAGAGUGGUAUAAUGAAAAUAGCUAGAAGAGCUCUACUCGAUGAAAUCAUCAGCAGUGUAAUAUCAGAUUUUCUUAAUGCCAAGAAAAGUGACGAGCAUCUCAAGUCUGAUCCACCCAGUUCUGCUGCCCAUUCUCAAGUUAUCAAUGCGGAGAAAACUGCUGUCUCAACUACCGAAGCAACAGGCUGUACGAACAUAUUGAAUGAGUGGGGUCAUACUCGUAUAGCUGCAGAGUCGCUCAAAUAUACCAAAUCUGUUGGAAGCACUGAGAACUUUCAGACAGCUUGCUCAGCUAUAUCGAGAGUACUCUACAACCAUUGCAUGCAAAUCAUGUGGAAUGCUGUCUUUUACGAUACUGUGGAUACUUAUUCAACAUCUUGGAGAAAGAAAAAACUUUGGUGUCAUCCUUCUGACAUCUCAACUGGUGUUAGCUACUGCAAGGGUUCUCGGACCAAUUAUUCAGACAAACCUGUAGCAGUUGAGAGUUUGACUUGUAGGGUGGAUUCCUCUUCCUGCAAAACUUCUUACUUUAAUGAACUUGACUUAGUUACCAACGCAGCCAGUUUACCAGGAAUAGAAAGCAUCAUAGCAAGCAUCGCAGAACAUGUAGAGAGGGAGCUCUUCUCGUCUCUGGAAACUCACUUGACUGAUUAUACUGGCAUUCUCAUUAAAGAUGGAGCGAAUAAUGCCGCUAGUACUGUCCGAGAUGGCAAAAUGCAUGAGGAAAACCCGUCAUAUGGUUCCCAGUAUUAUUUGGAAGGGACUGGUGAAAAGAAGAAUGACUUGAAUGUGGUUCCUGCUGGGCUGCGCUUUUCCAAUGAUUUCAGUGAUUCUCAGAGACUGUUGCAAGAGGGAGAAUCCUCUCAGCAAAUAAUGUCUGAGGAUAUUAUUGCUAAUACAUUUAUUUCAACUUUGGAGACAUUGGACAGUCCUGUUAAGGAUGAACUUGAUACUCUGGAUAUUCAUGAGCCACCACCACCUGGAUGUGAAAGCAACAUUGAAAUGCCAUCUCUUCGUUGUAAGUUUCGGCCUGUAAGGUCCAAGGAAUCCAUUCCUGAGAUUGGAGAAUAUGUUGCAACGGCUAUAUGUAGACAGAAGUUGCAUAAUGUUGUUAUGAAAGAUUGGAAAUCACUGUUCAUAAAGUGUUCGCUUAAUGAAUUCCUUGCUUCACGGAAAGGGAGCCAUCAACUUUCUCGCAAAGAAACAUUGGCCCUGAAGAAGAUCAAAACUGUUACUCGGAACAAAAAGCUCGCACAGUCUAAUAAAUCGAAUCAGACAGCAGAGAAGCCAAGCAAACCAUGUGUCAGAUCUGCUGAAAAAAAUCUGGUUAAACAACGAUCUAAGAAACUGUCUACAGAUUCUCAUUUCAUGAGAGAAGCCCGUAAAGUCAAUACACCCAGUAUAGAUUUGUCAGUUCGGAAACCAAGUCAACAGAAGAUAAGGAAUGUUGACAGGCGGGAUCAAAGUAUCAUAAAGAAUGCGACGAAGCUUCGGGAAGAAAAGAUUGGCAAAGAUGCUCUUAAUACGGUGAUCUGUGAGGAAAAACAAGAAGCUAGUAUAGCAGAUGAAUUUGAUGACGAAUUCCUUAUAACAAGACUUAAAAGGAUAUCAAGGAAUAAAAGGAAAGAGUUAAAAGAAGGUACAAAUGCUGAAAAAUCUUGUGAGGAGAUUUCGAUGUCUACUGAGAAAUCUGGGGAAACUGAUGACUUCAAGAAUCAUAAGGAAAAUUUUUCAAAUAAGUCUUUUCAGAAAGUGCAAAAAGCUCAUAUAUCAAAGCUAAAGAGAAAGAGUAUGUCAGAUGUCAGAGUAGAAGGUACAAAAUCUUGCAAUGGAGCAGUAAGAGAUUCUACUGAGAUUUCUGGGAAGGAAGCUGAUAGCGAAAGCCUUGGCUGUGAAACCUUGGACAAGAUUUCCACUCAACGCCUCAGCAAGAAACGGAAAAGUAAGAUCUCUUUGAUUUGUUUACCAGGUUCUGAGAAUGCCUCCUGCAAUUGCUUUAGUAGUUUACUUUAUCCAGGAAAUGCUGCUGAAGGAAAAAAGAUUGUGGAGAUGUCUGCAUGCAGCAUAUCCCAGAAGUCUAUGUCAUCGCAAUCAUCAAAGCUAAAUAAGAAGCACUUGUUGUAUGAAAAAGUCCCCAGUGUACCUUCAUGUCGGAGAUUAUCAUUUUCUUCAAUGGAUUCUGAAGGCGCUGUUGUUAAGGAAGGCUAUCAUGCUGGAAAUGAAGAAAAGCUUCCCUCCAAUAAAUCAAAUAAGCUGCAGAAAGUAGGUUCGAAGAAAUUGAUGCUUAGAACGAAACAUACAACAGAGCUUUCUCCCAUUAAGGAUUUGACAAUAGACGAUAGCAGCCCUAUGCCGAUUGCCUUAAAACCAUUGGCAAAACCAAGACCGAAAGCAAGCACUAAAAAAAGGGUAAUGUCAAUGCCAAAGUCUGAUGGAUGUGCACGCACAUCUAUUAAUGGCUGGCAUUGGCAUGCAUGGUCAUUAAAGGCUAGUCCUGAAGAGAGAACUCGUGUUAGAGGAAGUUCUUGCGUACACAUACAACAUUUUGGUUCCAAAUUCAGUUCGACUCAAAAAGUUCUUUCUGCAAGAACUAAUAGGGCAAAAAUGCGUAAUCUUCUAGCUGCUGUAGAUGGUGCUGACCUCUUAAAAAUUUCUCAGUUGAAGGCAAGGAAAAAGCGUUUGCGGUUUCAACAGAGCAAGAUUCAUGAUUGGGGUCUUGUCGCACUUGAACCGAUUGAUGCUGAGGACUUUGUGAUCGAAUAUGUUGGAGAGUUGAUACGUUCUUCUAUAUCUGAGAUACGUGAACGCCAAUAUGAAAAGAUGGGUAUUGGAAGUAGUUAUCUUUUCCGGCUUGACGAUGGAUAUGUGAUUGAUGCCACAAAGCGUGGUGGCAUAGCAAGGUUUAUAAACCAUUCAUGCGAGCCCAACUGUUACACCAAGAUUAUAAGCGUUGACGGUAAGAAAAAGAUAUUUAUCUACGCUAAACGGCAUAUAGACGCUGGUGAAGAAAUAAGUUACAACUACAAAUUCCCGCUGGAGGACAACAAAAUCCCUUGUAACUGCGGAGCGCAAAAGUGCCGUGGAUCGCUGAACUAGGAGGGACUUGGUUUGUAGAGAGAACUAAUCCAGGGUGUUUUUGGGCUUGCGUGGAGAGAAGGAUGAAUCGCCCUUUUGCAGUAUACAUCUCCCGCAGCAGAUGAGUCUCCUCUCUUUCAAUUCAAACUGUAACUAUUUUAUUCCCACAUAACUAACACUUACAAAUAUAGCUUCAGUUUUCUUUUCUUUUUUUUGUUGAUAUAUACAUUUUUCGUCGUUGUUGUCGUCAACAAAACGAGAUAUAAUCAAGGGCAAGUUAAUAAAUCUAAUUUAUGAUUAGAGCAAACUUAGUUAUGAAUUUUAAAGGAAGGAGUUGACUCUUUAUUUUGUGUUCGUGCAACAAAACAAAAGGUUAUUUGUUAACCACCUUUUAGUUGUCCAUUAAAAAAAAAAAAAAUCCGGACUUAUGCAAAUUAGAUCAUUGUUGGUUUGGUUUCAUCUGAGCAGAAUGAAAGGAUAAGAGAAAUGAUCAUUGGUAUGGCUCAAUGAAAGCAAAGAGUUUGCAGGAACUGUAAAAAAGGAUUAGCAAACUCAAAAAUUCCAUUUCCACAACCCCAUUGUUCUUGGUAUGUUUCCACUAAACGGAAAAAAACAAAUUGCUUCAUCAGACCCGAAAUGCGCAUGCCUAUUAAAUUUGGAGGACAUGAUGAAGAAUUUGUUCUAUUACAAGGCAAUGUUGGGGAUGUGGUUCCCUUUCCCCUGACGUUUUGGGUAUCCCAAAGAAAAAUUUAUUCAUCGAUUUGGUUUAUUGUCUUUGGGAUACCAAAUUUCAGUUUCUCUAAGAAUUAUGUAUUAUGAGAAUCAAAAUAAUUAUAUCAUUAAAACUUGAAUACAAUAGUAGAAAACACGGAAGUGAUGGUA